AUGGGGUACUUGGUCACACAGUGACAGUCAGUGUUGUUAUAUGUCAAGCUUUCUAUGAACAUGGAACCUGUCCUUUACAACUUUGCCACUAUACUAAUAGAUGUGGUGUUCAUUUUUGGGAAUCUGAGCAAUGGACUUAUAGUGUUGUCAAACUUCUUAGACUGGGUCACUAAACAAAAGCUUUCCUUAAUAGAUAAAAUCCUUCUUACAUUGACAAUUUCAAGAAUCACUCUCAUCUGGGAAAUAUAUGCUUGGUUUAAAAUCGUAUAUGAUCCAUCUUCAUUUUUAACUGGAAUAGAAUUCCAAAUUCUUUAUUUUAGCUGGAUCCUCUCUAGUCACUUCAGCCUCUGGCUUGCCACAGUUCUCAGCAUCUUUUAUUUACUCAGAAUAGCUAACUGCUCCUGGAAGAUCUUUCUCUAUUUGGAAUGGAGACUUAAACAACUGAUUGUGGGGAUGUUGUUGGGAAGUUUGGUGUUCUUGCUUGGAAAUCUGAUAGAAAGGAUUCUUAAAGAGAGGUUCUAUCAAUAUGGAGGAAACACAAGUGUGAAUUCCAUGGAAACUGACUUUGCAAAGUGGACAGAGCUGACCUUUUUCAACAUGACUAUGUUCUCUGUAAUACCAUUUUCAUUGGCCUUGAUUUCUUUUCUCCUGCUAAUCUUCUCUUUGUGGAAACAUCUCCAGAAGAUGCAGCUCAGUUCCAGAGGGCAUGGAGACCCUAGCACCAAAGCCCAGGAGUGCCUGAGAAUCAUGGUCUCCUUCCUCUUGCUCUAUACUAUGUAUUUCCUCUCUCUUCUUAUAUCAUGGAUUGCUCAUAAGCACCACAGUGAACUAUUUGACAUUAUUGGUAUGAUAAUGGAACUCAUGUAUCCUUCAGCCCACUCAUUUAUCCUGAUUCUAGGAAAUUCUAAAUUAAAGCAAACUUGUCUUUUGAUACUGAGCCAUUUGAGAUGUAGGCUGAAAUGAGAGAAUAUCACAACUGCAUAUGGCAACCAAAUAACUACCUGUUGUGUAUUGUAUGUUGCAAAUAAAUCUAUGAGGUAG